UUCGGGACUUCCACUCUGACCAGUAUGGGACGUCUGUCGCACUCUCUUUACUGCUGUGUUUUUAUUGUAUUUGUCACAGUUUUGGUCUCUUCGGACGUCCCGACAAAGCCAAAAGUUUACACUCUCAACUUGGAUCUUCCACCAGAGGAAAGAUGGAUGCACAUAGUUAAAGAUUUCCCCCAGUUGGCAGAGAUCGCUGACACGAUUACGAGGCGUGUCAUCCCAGAAGAUGUGUACCCACUGGUUGACCAGCUGGCCCAGGAACUGGACAAGUAUCUGCCAGAACCUUUUGCUCAGGAAAUUAGAGGCAUAGCCAAGGCUAGUGGUGCUGAUGUGGGAGGCAUAGUCAUGGCCAAUCUCUUUUAUGAGGCCACUGCGUUUUGUACCAGCAUAGUGGCCCAAGAUACGAAUGGACUGAUAUGGCAUGCCAGGAAUUUGGACUAUGGUGGCAAGUACGGCUUCACUGAAAUGCUGAAGAAUAUUACAGCUAUAGUUCAUUUUCAGAAAGGAGGAAAGACUGUGUACAGUGCAGUAACAUAUGUGGGCUUUGCAGGCAUAGUUACGGGACAGAGACCAUAUGGUUUCACUAUCUCUAUUGAUGAGAGAGAUCAAGGAGCCUGGUGGAUGAAUGCACUCGUGGCUCUUCUGGACAGGCAAGCCUGGCCAGUUGGAUUCCUCAUACUUUGGAAGAAGAAACCACAUUUGAAGGAGCACUGGACAGAAUAGUGACAACAGACACAAUAGCAGAGGGAUACUUCAUUAUAGGUGGCGCUAACAGCAGCCAGGGAGCAGUUGUUACCCGGGCCAGACUGCAGGCAGACAAUAUAUGGAAACUAGACAUCCCUAAUGGAAGGUGGUAUUUGGUGGAGACUAAUUAUGAUCACUGGGUGGAUCCCCCUGCCACAGAUAACAGACGAACCCCGGCUAUGAAAGCAUUGAAUUCCACUGGCCAACAAAACAUCAACAAGGGGACAUUGUUUGAAGUAUUAUCGGAACCUCUUGUGGUAAACAGGCAUACCACGUACACGGCGACGAUGAGCGCUGGAAAACCGGAUGUCUUUGAUGCUUGGGUUCGCCAUUAUAACGGUCAAGCUUCAAAAAGGCUCCCGGAAGUUUUACAGAAGAAGUUUUUCAAGAUUGAGAAGAAUACGCUCAAAUAAAUCCAUUUUUAUUUGACUUGUUGUUUUAUCAUUGUUACAAACAAUCUAUGCAGAUUAAUCAUCAUUCAGAUUUCAGUGCAAGCACAACAAAUUUUUUUUAUUUAAAUUAGAAACUUUUUUACCAAUUUUUUUCUGCAAGUGAUUUCAACUGUGAUAG